AUAGUGAACGAAAAUGGGCUUGGCCUACUUAGCCAUAGAAUUUAGAGGAAUGGCCCAGGCCGUCAUUGUUUGGAUUGGAAAACCCUAGAGAAUAGAACCGUAAGCCCAUUUAGCCCAAUAGGCGAAUGGAGUGAGAGUCAAAAGGCGGGCCGUGCAGAUUCGAACUCUCGGCUUUUCUUAUUUCUCUCCCCUGGACUUUCUUCCUUCCCGCUGUUUGCUCACUCUCUUUCUUUUUUUCCGUUCCCUUUUCCUUUUCAAUUUCAAUCUCUCCCUCUCUAUCUUUCCUUUUUCCGUUUCCGUUUCCUUUUCAAUUUCAAUCUCUCCCUCUAUUACUUCUCUUUAUUGUUCUCUCAGUUCGCUCUAACUCCUCUAUAAAAUCGUCUCCCUCUUUUUUUCCUUUCUCUCCAGACAAAAAGAAAAGCUGGCGCUGAUGGCGGAUUCGAGCGAAGAUCCGAACCCCGCACACCAUGCGGCGCAAUUUCAGUUUCAGCUGAUCCAUUCUCAUUCACAGUCUUUAGGCACCGAAAACAAUCAAAAUCAGAAGCAGCCGUUCUCAUAUGGCGAACGAAUAUUCCCUACAUAUUCAGGGGGGCCGCCUCUCAUCUUCUCCUCUUUUGAUCAAACUAAUACUCGCCUCGACCGCUCCCAUUCCGCUUUCGCUACUCUCCCCUUGAACCAAACGAAAGAAAGAGAGAAUGGUGAGGCUCAGACAAGUGGAAGAGCAGACGUCUCUGGAAAUGGAAAAGUCAUUGACCAUCCCACGCUUGAAACUGAACAUCGCGAUGGUGGUAAGCCUAAUAGCAAAGCAAAGACUAAGAAGAAUGCCAAGUCUGGGACUCAGAAACCAAAUGCUGAGUCUCCCAAUGGACUGAGUGCAGCUGGUAACUGUAGAUAUGACAGUUCUUUAGGCUUGUUGACAAAGAAGUUUGUGAACUUGAUCAUGGAGGCCGAAGAUGGCAUCCUUGAUCUGAACCAUACUGCUGAAGUGUUAGAGGUCCAAAAGAGAAGGAUAUAUGAUAUCACAAAUGUUCUUGAAGGAAUUGGAUUGAUAGAGAAAACUUCAAAGAACCACAUACGGUGGAAGAGAUCUGAUGAUAUGGAAUCGAAGGAGCUGGAUGAUCAAGUUACUAGGUUAAAGGCUGAGAUUCAAAGUUUAUAUGCUGAAGAAUGCAGGCUUGACAAUUACAUAAGAGAAAAGCAAGAGAGUCUAUGGUAUCUGGAUGAAGAUGCAAAUUAUCGGAAGUAUCUUUUUUUGACGGAGGAAGACAUAAUGAGCCUUCCAUGCCUCCAGAACCAAACAGUUUUUGCAAUUAAAGCUCCUGAAAAUAGUUACAUUGAAGUUCCUGAUCCUGAUGAGGAUAUUGGUUUUCCACAAAGGCAGUUUAUUGGUUUUCAAGAAAGGCAGUAUAAAAUGAUCAUCAGAAGUCAUAACGGACCAGUUGAUCUUUUCCUCCUGAGCAAAUAUGAAGGCCAAGUGGAGGAUAUAACUGUCAAGCAGGCUAAAUCAGUGGAUGCUUCUUGUAGUUAUGGUCUGGGUGGAUUGCAAAGGCAAGAGCUGUCUUCAGAAGAGAAAUCUAGUCAAAAGAAUUCUUCUAAAACAGUCAAUUUACUUUGCCAUGAGGCAUACAGGAUUCAGAAGAUAAUUCCGACAGUCAGCGAUCAGAUUGAUGAUGAUUACUGGUUCCAAUCAGACCCUGGAGUCAGCAUCACCGACUUGUGGGAUACAUAGGAGUUAGGAGCUUUUAAUUAUUCAUGAUUUCACUACAAUCAGAAUGGUUUGAGCUAUGAACAUCCAUCUGACUGGAAAACGAGUGGAUAAUAAUCUAUACUUCUCCAUAACUUUAACUAAAGAGAGAUCAUUGGACCGCGGUAGAGGAUCUUUCUCAAGAUGAAUGUUCUAACAAUGAUGCAGCAUUAGUUAACAUAUAAGCAUCACUUGGGGAUACGAUGUCCACAUUGUAAAUGAAAGACACGUAGUUUAGAUAAAUUUCAUUGAACAUGAAAUUAGUGGGAUUAUUACCACAUUUCGAGGAUAGAACUUUCUCCUUUUAAUAAAACUGAUAAUUGUUGAUACAGAUUUCUCACGGUCAUGCUACAUCCUGUCAAGGACAACCUAUACGAUAAAUUUACUAAUAUCCUCUAUUGUUUCAGAAUUCAGACA